AUCAUCUUUAAUUAUUGUUUGAUGACCUUUGAAUGUUUUCCUGAAAUAUGUGUCCUUUUUCAUACUGUUCUCUUAAUUCAUUCUCUUUUGCAUUACCUGAGACAUGUACUUUGUUGCUAAUAAUCCACAUGGUUUUCGCAUACAUUUAUUUCUCGCCGUUGAAAGUAAAAACAGCAUUUCCAGGAUAGAGAAAUGAAUGUGACAAUUAUGAACGUUACAAGGAAUUACUUAUUCCCUUUUUGCAUGACUAUGAGUAUGCAAGUUACAAUCCUGUUGCUUAUGACCUUGCAAAUCACUUCUGUGAGAUGGCUGCAAAUUAUCAUUCUUAGACACCCCAUAUUUUGGACUACACCAUAUACCCUGAUAUGGUGGAGCGCCAAAGAUUCAUCUCUGCGUAUCUGGCAUUUUCUGGAAAUGAACACAGUGAUGCCAAAGUGGAGCAGCUACUCAUCGAUGCCGAGAAAUACACUCUUGCUAACCAUCUGUUUUGGGGCUUAUGGGGAAUCAUCUCGGGUCAUGUAAACAAGAUAGACUUCGACUACUUAGAGUAUGCACGGCAGAGGAUUCAACAAUACUGGUUAAUAAAACACUUGCUCUCGGGUUCCUGACUUU